AUGCUCCCCUCACCUGUUCGAGGUAGAGCGAUCCGGGGCGGCAAAGCCCGCACCGGUCCCAGUCCUCGAGCUAAGCCUCCAUUGGGAGCCUCGACAUCAAGCGCAUCCACCCAGUCCUUUGCCGUUACGCAAACCACGGCUGCCAAGCCAGCAUCUACAUCCAAGUCCGUUGGCAGACUGAUUGUCGGCAUCGAUGUGGGCACCACACAAUGCGCAGUAGCGACUGCUGAGAUCCUAUAUGGUAAACAGAAUGGCGGCAAGGCACAAUCUACUCCUAGAGUAAAAUUGUAUGAGGGCUGGAUCGGUUUCUACAUGAACCACAGCUCCACCCCGUGUACAGCGAUGUACUACGAAGAGGAUGGCACUCCUUUGACGGGGAAUGAUCUCCAGCCUCUAUUCGAUAAUGCGAAUCCAAAAUCGUAUCGUCCAGACAGACUUAUUCGACUUUGGAAGCUCAUGUUCCACCAUCAUCAAAAUAAAGCACUUAUUGCGAACAUUCAGGGUCAGAUACAGAAGCAGCUUGAUAUGCUUGGGAAGACAAUGGAUGAUUUGAUGAGAGACUGGGCCCGUCUCCUCUUCGACCAUCUUUUCACUGAAGGCAGUGGUAUCUCGUCCUUGCGACAAAUCUAUCCAAAAUUUGACCAAUUAGAUCUUGAGCUUGUUGUUGCUGUACCUCCAGGUCGAUCCACGAUCGCUCAUGAACAGGUUUUGCAGUCUUUCAUUCAAGGUCCUAUCAAAUCGACUACAGUUUCGCUUGAAUCGGAGCCAGCAGCUCUAUUCCGGAAUUGGGUUCAAGAAGGGGAAAACGACCAGGACUGGGUGGUAGGAAAACGCUACUUGGUCGCUGACGGUGGCGGUGGAACUUGCUCCUUCGUCCGGUUUAGACUAGAUGGUCUUGAGCCACUUCGCUUUGCCCAAGAGUUCCAAUCCGAGAGUGUGGUGUGCGGUGCAGAGACAAUAUCAGAUCUGUUCGAGAGAUUGAUUGCAACAAAGAUCCCAGAGAAUUGCCCAUACCGCGAUUGGUAUAUUGAGCGUAUUCGAAAUAAGUUCGACACUCAGUACAAGCUUUUCGUGGGUUCAAAUGAUCGUGCGCUGUCUUUCGAGAAUCCGAUGAAAGUAUCAGCAGAUGAUGUCAUAACCGUCACAGUCGAUGAGACCAAGCAAUGCUUUGCACUGUGUAUUGCCGCGCUGGUGGAGGCUAUUAGGCGACAGCUUGCGAUGGGUGAACCAGUCGAUUAUAUCGUCCUCGGCGGUGGACUAUUUCAAAACCCUCAUGUUCUUAAAUCAAUUGGAGCGGAGUUCAAGGGUCUGAGACUUCUAGAGACGUCAAAGCUCAAGGGAGCAGUCGCUAAAGGCGCGGUGCUCUCUAAGAUUUUCGACAAUUUUAUCUCCAAUGACGAGAUCACGAGAACCAAAGGCAAUCUCACUAUGAUUGAAGUGACACCAAAAUUAAAGAAGUCCAAGUUCUUCAAAAACCUUGUAACCAAAAAAGGCGUCGACGGUCGUACAUACUACUGGGCCGUAACGUAUCUUGUGAAGCAGGGUCAAAAAUCCAUGAAUGGUCGCGAGAUAUCUACAGAAACAAGUGCCAAGGACGCGAGAAGACAUUAUCUUGAGCUUGAUGACGAUGAUUUAAACUUCUCGGAGAAAAUCUUCACCUUCAACUAUCGACCAGGAAAGGAUAAGUGGGCAGCUCUUACCAAGAGUGGAAGUUGGAUCAACGAGAGAGGCCAUGAGAUACCAUACCCGGAGCACUACGAGAAGAUAACUUGGAGUCCCUUAGCAGAUGAAAUGGAAGUUGAGCUUUCAGACCUCGAAACAGAGCGCACCAAAGAUGGCACUGUGAAGCGAGUUCUUCGAUAUUCACUCCAAUUACAGGUCAAAGAGACUGGUACGAAAUACUGGGCUAAGAUGUGGUCUUCUGAUGCGAUGAAGAGAAAGACGGGCGAGAGUGUCUGGUCUCUCUCACAACCCGUUGAGCGACAACCGCUCUUUACUCCUCAAGCGAUAUCGCAAAGCCUUGCCGACAGCUUUAAGUUCGACGAUUCCCAAACUUUAACUUCAACUUCAAUUUCAACUUCCAAUGCCAGUGUCGUACAGAACUCAGCUGAGGUUGCCAGACCUAACUUGGCGGCAAAGAUACAGAGACCAGCUGAGGUUGCUGCACCUAAUUUGGUAGCAAAGACACCGAAAUCAACUGAGGUUGCCAGACCUAAUUUGAUAGCAAAGACACAGAGACCUGCCGAGAUUGCUACACCCAGCUUGUCGGCAAAGACACAGAAACCAGCUGAGGUUACUAGAUUUAGCUUUUCAGCAAAGACAGUGGAAAUUAUUGCGAAGCCAAGUACCGUCGCUUCGACAUUCACACAGUCUAAUGGAUUCGCGAGUACCAACAAAGGCCAAGAAACAUCAUUGCCUUCAUAUGCCCUACCAAGAGGACCCGUACAUGUUGCUGAGCGCCCUAUCCAGCAGUCGCUCGUGAAGCCUGGUCAAAGUUCGUCCCAGUUCUCCCAACCUGUUCUUAAACAGAAUGCCAAAGCUAGCACGAGCAGGCCCGGAGCUUUGCGUCGUGGAGGAGGUUGCUGGACAUGCUCGCUUCGACACGCCUCUUGCAACUUGCAAAAGCCAAAAUGCUGGCAAUGUGAAGAGUUCGGACUUCAAUGCGACUAUAUUCGGCCAGCUUGGUGGGACGACGAUCAGCUGAAAGGCAAGCAGACUGAACUUUAUAGACUUAUUGUGAAGCAAAGCAACACUGUCAAAAAGUUAGGCUCGUCCUCAAAGCCGACAAGAUCGAUGACCGGCUCAACCACACCCAAUAUGACUACAAAUUCUUCUCUAACACAGCAACGAGUCCAAUCAUACACUCCAGGUUCAGGAACGACUGGUUCUCAAUCGAGCGUACAGAAUGGUUCUUCAUUCUCAAGUGGCACCCAUAAACAAGCUGCACCUGCCUUCGACUGGUCGAAGAGAUCCAGGGACUCGGAUGGAGAAACUUCUACCCCACAGGCUUCGAAGAGACGUCGCCUCGAAAAUCUGUUUGCCGAUAACAAUACUCCUCCCAAUACCAGUGGCUCUCCGAUUCGCAAGUCAGACCAAGCCAAAGUCCAGCGUUCGGCACCAGAUAUGAGAACUUGGGGCAGUUUGGACGACGAAGAUCUCAACGGCUCAGACUUGGUCCCGCACGCUUCGGAUGUGGAGGAUUGAUAUGAUGGCGACGGUUGCGACGGUUGCGACGGUUUCGAUGAGUUCUUAGGAAGCGUUCUUUGAGAGGUUGACAACGCGAUGUGGUUUUCUGGAUCCGAACCAGUUUCGAAGCCGGAGGACCGUAUAUGUACAUUAGAUAACGCAGUGACGAACGGGAUGGGAUGGGGGAUCAUGGCGUUAUUUUCGCGGUAGCAUGGAUGGAUGGCAUGGCCUAGCGUUUAUUUCGAGCGACUGGGGAAAAAAGACACCACCUCCUGCGUUGAAUCCGGGCUGCUUAUAGCUAUUUAGCUAGCUAGCUAGUAAUUGAUUUGAUUUUCUUUGCGAAUUGAGAAUCUGCUGACGUUGUGGUGAUCUCUGAUAAUGAUACA